AUGGCUUCGACCCAAGAAAACAAACCAGCAGUCGUCUGCGUGUUCUGCGGCUCCGUCGAAGGCAGAAAUCCUAAACAUAUGGAAGCCGCGCGCGCUCUCGCCCAUGAAUUCCACAAGAAUAACGUCCAGCUCGUCUACGGCGGCGGCACAGCCGGCCUGAUGGGCGAGGUUGCCCGCACCCUGGUCUCCUUGUCAGGACCAGAAGCAGUGCACGGAGUCAUCCCUCGUGCUCUCGUCAAGACCGAGCCCGGGUACGAUAAUGCAAAAGAAGAAAAGUCGGGAUCGGUGAUGACCGAAGGAAAGGACGCGGAGCGAGUCGUUCGCGAACCGCUCAACAAAACCGCCAUGUUUCAGCAGACUGAAUACGGUGUCACGACUAUUGUGGCGGAUAUGCACACGCGCAAGCGACUCAUGGCCACCAAGGUUUUGGAGGGUGGUCCUGGGUCUGGAUUUGUCUCGCUGGCGGGUGGAUUUGGCACCAUCGAAGAGGUUAUGGAGAUGACGACUUGGAAUCAGUUGGGUAUUCACAAGGUUGGAGUUAUUUUGUUGAAUAUUGAUGGGUACUGGGACGGAUUGUUGGCUUGGGUUAAGAACGCCGUCAAAGAGGGAUAUAUUGGUGCCGAAAAUGGCGGCAUUCUGGUCGAGGCCAAGAGUGUUAGCGAGGUUUGGCCUAAGUUGGUGGAAUACAAGGUCAGCACCAGCCGGAUGCAGCUGAACUGGGGCGAGGAAUAA